GAUGAUUUCGUCACGAUGCUUUUCCCCAUCGCCUCUUGCUCAAAAGGCGCCGUCGACUGCUGGAGCCAAGAAUCCGCCGGAGAGGAGGCCCCUCGGGCAUUCGACUGGCAGCGCCCGCUGAUGCAUCUGAUCGCCAUCAAGGCCGAUGAUGAGAACAAAGUGCAGGGCGUCGACCUGAGCAGCGCUGAUUGGUCUACACAGGCCCUCAGCAAGGAAGUGUCGGCGUGGCCCCAUUUGCUGAGAGACACCUUCGCGUGCGAUGGUUUUAUCCGCCUGCUGGGCGCGGACAGCCAUAAAGCGGUCUCCGUGGCGCAGCAGUGGAGGCAGGCCAUGCCGGACGAGGCGAGUGAUAUCGCCCAGCAGGCAGGCGCCGGCACGAUGGCGGCAGCCCGUGCAAUCGAUGCCUUUUGCGCCGCCUACGUGGCCGUGAUGGGCGAUCGCCCCAUGACGCCGGGCGAGCACAGCCACAUGAAGGAUAUUUUCGUGGGCUCCAAGAGGGGCGCGGCAAAGAAGAAGGAGAAAUGGAUGCAGUCUCUGAUUGACGCCGCGAGGUCCCACCCCGACUGGGAGGCGCACUUCAACGAGGCUCAAAGGACCGGCCGCUUUGAGAUUAGCGAUGGAGCCGAUUUCUUGCAGGCUGAGGCUGGCGUGAACGCUGGCGGAGUCGAUGCUAGCAACAUCAUAGCUAUCAUGGAUAAACUGCCCAAGUGGGUCUCCGGAUUCCGCCCGCGGGCCACCCGCUCCUAUUCCCAGGCCGUGAAGGACUUCUUGGUCGCGGAGAUCAACGAGUACGCCGCCGGCGAGCGCGCCAAGAUAACGCCCGGAGAGGAUCGCAUGGCGCUGCUAUCGAGCUACUCCGCCUUCCUCGACACGUUCAAGACGGAUGCGUUUGCCGAUUGGCGCGAGGAGAUUCUGGCAGCGCAGGAGGCCGCCAACUCCUCCAGUUCCCACGUCCAGGCCGUCAUCAGCAGCGAUCGAAUCCUCUCUCGCCUUCACUCGGGCAAUGAGACUGACGUUGUAUCAGCGGACAUGCUUGACGCGCUGAAGCACUUGAGGGGGCACGUUGGCCACGCCAAGGUGAUGGCAGACGAGCUUGAGAAAAUCGUCAAGCAGGUCGACGAGGCUUUCCUCGAAGAGCUCCAGGUGUCGGUCCUGUCUACCAAAGUGGACACUUUCCUUGAGAUCCGGAAGAUUGCCAUGGAGCUCUACAAGGGCGCCUUGGGCAAGAGCAUGGCCGACGUCGACUCCAGCAGCCAGCUGGGCAAAUACAUGGACUUGGCGCAGUCCAGGGCGAAG